ACCGUUUAAUUCGUGAAAUAAACAUUGCACGUUAGAUUCUAACGUGCAUUUUAAUGCUUUUUACCUUUACAUUCGAAUCAUUGAUCGACGAAGUCUAUUUGAAGACGUAAUUAAUUAUAGAAAAAUACUUGUUUAAGAAUUGUAUGAGUUAACCUAUGAGGUCGCACCGGACGUUUCACGUGUUGCAACGACUACAGGUCGAUCGCUAAUGUCACGUGUUGAGCAUGUUUAUUUCGAAAAUGUGUUGUGUGUAAUAAAGCUUUAAACAUCAAAAACGGUGGAAUAUUUUUCGAACAUUUUGAGUAUUCGUCGUCUAUGGGUAUAUAUUUUUGACUGGGGAUAAUUUAGACUAUGAACGAGCUGUGUUUCAAAUGUCGCAUAACCUUAAUGAUUUUCCGAACAUGAGAGUACAGUUUAGAAGUUAAUAUUAAAAGAAAUAGAAGAAUCUGAAGAAGAAAUUAGAAAUGGCAAAUGAAACGGAAGAGAAGGUAAGUCAUAAGACUCACCGGGAACGCAAUGCCGGCCGUAAAGCUGCGAAGAAGAAAGCGAAAAAUGAACACGUUCAAGAGCUGACGGAUAAACAGAGGAAUCCGAAGGCAUUCACGUUUCAUUCCGCGAUUAAAGCUGAACGGCGAUUCAGACGUAAACAGGAUAUAGAAACCAAGAAACAACACAUACCGUUGGUGGAUAGAACUCCUUUGGAGCCACCGCCAAUUUUGGUUGCCAUAGUUGGUCCCCCAAAGGUGGGAAAAUCUUUGGUAAUUCAAUGUUUAAUCAAGAGUUACGUGAAACAACCACUGACCAAUAUACUCGGUCCAGUUACCCUUGUUUCUGGUAAAAAGAGAAGAAUUACUUUUAUGGAAUGUAACAAUGACAUCAACAGCAUGAUAGAUAUAGCUAAAGUAGCAGAUUUGGUAUUACUGCUGAUAGAUGGUUCAUUUGGUUUUGAAAUGGAAAUAUUCGAAUUUCUGAAUAUAUGUCAGGUUCAUGGUAUGCCUAGAAUCAUGGGAGUCUUGACCCAUUUGGACUUACUAAAAAAUGCAAAACAAUUGAAAAGAACUAAGAAAAUGUUGAAGCAAAGGUUUUGGACAGAGGUCUAUGCUGGAGCAAAAUUGUUUUACCUAUCUGGUUUGGUUCAUGGAGAGUAUUUGCGAACAGAGGUCAAGAACUUAGCCAGAUUUAUAUCUGUGAUGAAGUUUAGGCCUUUAACUUGGCGUACCACGCAUCCUUACAUUCUGGCAGACAGAGUGGAAGACUUGACACCUCCAGAAACGAUUAGACAAAACCCAAAAACUGAUAGAACCAUAAGCUUGUACGGGUAUGUAAGAGGAAUUCCCCUGAACAAGGAAACCUCUGUACACAUUCCCGGGUGCGGAGACCUGAAAAUUAAAGAUGUCAGCUUUCUGCCGGAUCCCUGUCCUUUACCAGAGGAAAUAAAAAAACGCGCAUUAGUAGAGAAGGAACGUCUAAUUUACGCACCGUUCUCCGGUGUUGGUGGAAUAGUUUACGACAAGGAUGCCGUCUACGUGGAGUUAGGCGGUAGUCACUCGCACAAAGAAGAAGACACAGGUCUAGUUGGAGCUCUGAUGGACACUCAAGAAACUCUUGAUCAAAAAUUAGAGCACAGCGAGUUACAGCUGUUCAGCGACGCCGCUCCGAUUAAGUCCGGCGACGUAAAAGAGGCUUUUGGCGAUUACAUGGGUGAAACCGUGAUCGACAAUGGCCGAGUCAGAAGAAAAGUCUUGUUCCCUGAUUCGGGGGAUAACGAGGAUGACGACGGAGACGACGACGAAGAAGAAGCAGAAGUAAAGGAAGAAGACGAGAAUGAAUCCAGCAACGAAGACAAAGAUGAUAUUAAAAAUGAAGAUGAAGAGGCACCAAAUGGAAAGGGCGUAAAAAGAAGAAAGAGCAGCGAGUUAGGAAUUAAAGGUAGAAAAAAGAAAAAGAGUUUACUGAAUGAUUCAGGCUCGGACGACGAUGAUAUUGAUACAACGGAACAAAAGUUUACGGAUUUCACUAAACUUGCGCCUUUGGACGUAUCGAAUAAUACUGAGGUUUACCAUUCGAUGAGCAAGGAGUCUGACAUCAAAAUCAAGAAUAAGAUUACAGAAGCGCUCAGUCUUCUAGAUUCCCAUUCAAGCAAGAAAAAUAAAAGAUCGAACAGCGACAGCGAGAGUUUCGAUGAACUCAGCGAUGAAGAUUCACGUACUGGACUCGAGAGAGAUGAAGGAGAAGACAUGGACGAAUCUUUACAGGAAGACACAGAUGAUGAAAAUGAGGAAGAGGAUAACGAAGCCGCGGAAGACGAUGAAGACAAUGAAGACGACGAGGAUGUCGAAGACGAAUUAAAAUGGAAAACGAAUUUAGCAGAGAAAGCUAAGAAUGCUUUCGAGGACCGUCAGCGAGCUAACAAGAACUUAAUGAAGCUGGUGUACGGGGUGGUCGAUGCGAAAAAGCUCACGAUAGAAAAGGAAGAUGAGGGAAAGAAAGCCGAGAACGAUGACAAAGAGAUUGGCGGUAUUUUCCGCGUGAUUCAAGAGCAAGAAAAGCGGAAAGUCCAGGAGCGAACGCUGCAGAACGAGGAGGAGAGCGUAUUCUUUCCAGGAGAGCCACGGGAUUGGUUAGAAGAGGAGAAUAAGUUGCUCGUAAUCAACCGUUUUGUGACAGGAAAGUGGAAGGAAUCGGAAGAUGCGGAGGAGCUGUUAAAAUUAGACGACUUGGAUGACGAAGACGUGUACGGAGAUUUCGAAGACCUGGAAACAGGGGAGAAACACGAAGCGGAAGCGCCGAAGGAACCAAAUAAGGACGAAGUGGAGGAAAAGAAAAAGCUUAUAGAGAAGAAGAAGAAAUUGAAGGAGCAGUUCGACAUGGAAUACGACAACACCGACUCGAAGACGUAUUACGACGAAUUGAAGCUGGAGGUGGAACGACAGGCGAACCUGAACAGAUCAGAGUUCGAGGGAGUCGAGGACGAUGUUCGGGUUCAGUUGGAAGGUUAUCGUCCAGGGAUGUACGUCCGCGUCGAGUUCGAUAAUGUACCUUGCGAACUGAUCACCAAUUUAGACCCUACGUACCCGCUGGUUAUUGGAGGACUUUUACAUGGCGAGGAAAACAUAGGAUUCGUCCAGACAAGGAUAAAGAAGCACCGAUGGUACUCGAAGAUUCUAAAAACUAAGGAUCCCCUAAUACUUUCCAUUGGCUGGAGACGAUUCCAAACUCUCCCAAUUUUCUCCAAGCUGGAAGACAAUAUGAGGAGUAGAAUGCUGAAGUACACGCCCGAACACGUUGCUUGUAUGGCACAUUUCUGGGGGCCUGUCACUCCGCAAAGCACGGGGGUUCUGGCUGUGCAAGAUGUUGCGACCAGAGUGCCGGGAUUCAGAAUAGCGGCGACCGGUUCUAUCGUUGAAAUGGACAAGAGCACGCAAAUUAUGAAGAAGUUAAAGCUCACCGGUGUCCCCAUGAAGAUCUAUAAGAAGACCGCGUUCAUCAAGGACAUGUUCAACAGUGCCCUCGAAGUGGCAAAGUUCGAGGGUGCCAAGAUAAAAACUGUUUCCGGUAUACGCGGUCAAAUAAAAAAAGCUGUGUCGAAACCGGAGGGUUGUUUCCGUGCGACCUUCGAGGACAAAAUACUUUUGAGCGACAUCGUCUUUUGUCGCACUUGGUACAAAAUCGACGUGCCAAAGUUUUAUAACCCCGUCACCUCGCUUUUAUUGCCACCCGAUGAGAAAGGUCGCUGGCAGGGAAUGAAAACAACUGGACAGCUCAAGAGGGAGAAGAAUGUCCGCGUGCCAGCCAAUACAGACUCUAUGUACUUGGGCGUUGAGAGAGAACCAAAGGUGUUCAAGCCUUUGUCUAUCCCUCGAAGCUUGCAGAAAGCACUCCCGUACAAAGAUAAGCCAAAAAUACACCCUGGAAAGCGCAAGGACAACAGGGUGGCGGUGAUACGCGAGCCGAAGGAAGAGAAAGUAGCGAAGCUUAUGCAAAUGAUCAAGACGAAUUACGCGCACAAGCAAAAGAAAUUGAGGCAAGAUAUGAGAAAGAGAUUACAGGCUCACCAAGCUAAAAUACUUGCAGAACAAGCAAGGAAACUGGACAGACAGAAGGAAAUGAAGAAGCACGUGUUCCGGGAACUUAGUAAACUGGAAAAGAAGAAGAAACGUUAAUACCGUGAUAUUUGAUAGUUCUAAUGUAACAUAUAUUAUAUUUUCAUACCGUUGGAUGCGUAACAGAAUUCUCAAAACUUCCGAGGACUCGGUUACGCAUUGUUUCCCUGUACAGUACUCGUUGACUUGUUCUAUCGCAUAUGUAAAAUAAGCCACCCGAUAUUUAAGAAACAUCGAAGCAUCGUUAUCAGAGUAACGAAACUUGUCAAAAUAUCGAUUUUAUUGCAAACAUUUAGAUAAGUUACAAUAUAAUUAUAUAUUAUCAAAAUAUAUUAUUAGUCCGUACAAAAUAAUAACAAUUUUAUAUGCAAUGUUCUUACAGCAUAGCUUGCGAUCCACGCCAUGACGCGAUCGUAUGGUGUCCUGUUGAAUAAUUGUCUCCACCCUGAAAUAAA